UUUGUUGCAUUUACACAUUGCACAUGUUCCAGCAACUAGGUAUGAGAGGAAUUUGUAUGCUGGCAAAGAAAAGCUCCAGCAUCACGUGUAAAGCGUGAAAAGCUCUAGCCCCUCCAAAGAUGUGUGCGUAGAAAAGUCUGAGUCCUUUAUCAUCGUAUCGAUCAAAACAACAAUCAUUUUCCUUAUCGAGGUGCAGCGGUGUUUAGAUGUGCAGAUAUUUUUUUCCGGAGUCGUUUUAUAAUAACGUUCUGAUUAGACCUGAGCAUCAUUUAUGUUUUGUCGGUUUUGCAAGGAUUUACCUAUUUUUAAUGUUAUUAAGUCCGUUGGUGUGAGUGAUAGAGAGACUCAGUGAUAAGAAAAUGUUACGGAAGCUCGAGAAAAAAUCAUCUGCAUUCCAUAUGCGGUUUUCGCAGUACUGAUAAGCUUAAGAUUAUCCGACAUUUCAAUCAUGUGCAACUCACCAAGCGUCUCCAUAGAUUAGAAAAUGAAGCAAUUGGUGUUGAUCAUCAAUGUUGAUUUUAUCUUAUGUUUGUUGAGCUAUGUGUUAAACGUCAAUGGACGAGAAUUGUUACACCAUGGUUUUAAUAGAAAUCACCAAAGGUACCAUUACUACAAUCUUGAUGAUUGUGGCCAUGAGAUAAAAUUUGUCGAGAAACACGGCAACAAAAGCAGCCGGCAUGUCCAGAAUUAUCUAUGCCAAAGCAUGUUUACGUUGAAGCACAAACGGCACGGAUUUCAGCAAUUCCAUAGGAAUCGAUACUUCGUACGCCACGGUGGGAAUGCCAUCGUAGAGGAACGAAACAACACCAAACAACCCCAUGUUAUCCACUGGCCGGUUAAGCGAGAGGCUGUCGUUGAAGGGGACCUAAUUCUGGGUGGCCUGAUGAUGGUGCACUCCAGAGAGGAUUCCGUAACAUGUGGGCCUAUCAUGCCACAAGGUGGCAUACAAGCGUUGGAAACUAUGCUGUACACGCUGGACAAGAUCAACGUCGACAACCUCAUACCCAACGUCACCAUUGGGGCCCACAUUCUAGACGAUUGCGACAAGGACACUUACGGGUUAGAGAUGGCGGUGGAUUUCAUCAAAGGGUCAAUCAGCAAUAUAGACGAAGCAACCGACUACAACAAUUGCAGCAGCAAAGGCCACAAGAAGAAAGUGAUUUCUGGUGUGGUUGGAGCUGCUUCAUCAGUGACUUCCAUCCAAGUGGCCAAUCUGCUACGACUUUUUAGGAUUCCACAAGUGUCAUAUUUUUCCACUAGUCCUGAAUUGAGCAAUAAACAGCGAUUCGAAUACUUUUCUCGAACCAUACCUUCUGACCAUUAUCAAGUUAAGGCAAUAGUAGACAUCGUUCGGCAACUGGGCUGGAGUUAUAUAUCUAUAAUCUACGAGGAAAGUAACUAUGGCAUAAAGGCUUUUGAAGAGUUAGAUGAUUUACUUGCCAAACACGGAAUAUGUAUAGCGAUUAAGGAGAAAUUAGUUAAAGAUUCAGGUGUGGCAGAGAAAAUCGCUUAUGAUAACAUAGUGAUUAAAUUGCUCACAAAACCAAGAGCCAAAGGAGUGAUAAUUUUUGGUUCUGACCAAGAAGUGGCUGAAGUUAUGCGAGCAGUUCGGCGACAGAAUGUGACGGGAGUGUUUUCCUGGAUUGGUUCUGAUGGUUGGAGUGCGCGGAACCUGGUAUCCGAUGGUAACGAAGCCGAAGUCGAAGGAACUCUCUCCGUUCAACCACAAGCCAAUUCUGUUAUAGGUUUCGAGGAAUAUUUCUUGAACUUAACAGUAGAGAGCAAUUCUCGAAACCCGUGGUUCAUCGAGUUUUGGGAGGAUCAUUUUCAAUGCAAGUAUCCGAAUUCGCCUCCCACACCAUACAACAAGGAAUACACAAGACUUUGUUCUACAACAGAGAAGCUAAGUAGACACACCUUGGACUUUGAAGAUCAACUACAAUUUGUGAGCGACGCAGUUAUGGCUUUCGGAUAUGCAUUCAAGAAUAUGCAUCAAGAGCUGUGUGGCAAUAAGCCAGGAUUAUGCGAUGAAAUGAACCCUACCAAAGGAGCAGACCUGCUAAAGUACUUAAGAAAAGCGGAUUUUAUAGGCCUAAGCGGCGAUAGGUUUAAUUUCGACAUUAACGGCGAUGGACCGGCCCGUUAUAAUAUUAUUCAUUUCAAACAAAUGGAACCCGAUAAGUACAAAUGGAUCAAGGUCGGCGAGUAUUACCAAGGAGAACUGCGCUUGAAUAUGGAAGAUAUUCAGUUCGGUAUAAAGAAUCCAAGUCCACCGGAGUCAGUCUGCAGUCGACCAUGUGAACGUGGUCAAGCAAAAAAGUAUGUCGAAGGCGAAGGCUGUUGCUGGCAUUGUUUUAACUGUUCUCAAUAUCAGAUACGAAAUCCAUCCGACGAAACACACUGUAUAAACUGUCCCAGAGGAACCAUACCGGAUAUUUACCAUGAAGCUUGUCAGCACAUACCAGAAGAUUAUCUUAAACCAGAAUCACCCUAUGCAAUUGGAGCAAUGUCGUUCAGCAGCCUCGGAAUCGUGAUGACUCUUUUCGUGGUUGGAGUUUUUCUAAAAAACAACGAUACACCAAUAGUUAGGGCUUCAGGUAGAGAGCUAAGUUACGUCUUAUUGAGUGGGAUUCUCUUAUGCUACGGUGUCACAUACGCAUUGGUAUUCAAACCGAACGAUAUAGUAUGUGGCGUUCAAAGAUUUUGGUCCGGCUUUUCGUUCACCGUAGUUUACGCAGCGCUGUUAACCAAAACCAACCGAAUCGCACGAAUAUUUAAUGCAAGCACCAAAUCCGCAAAGCGACCUUCCUUUAUUAGUCCCCACUCACAACUAGUUAUAUGCGGCAUACUCAUAUCCUUCCAGAUAUUAAUAAACGCCGUGUGGAUGGUUGUUUCCCCAGCCCACGCCAUGCAUCAUUAUCCCACGAGGGAAGAUAACCUGGUGGUUUGCAAUUCGUACACCGAUGCCUCGUACAUGGUUGCAUUCUUCUAUCCCAUAUUCCUAAUCAUCGUUUGCACCGUGUAUGCCGUGCUCACUCGGAAAACACCAGAGGCAUUCAACGAGUCGAAAUACAUAGGUUUUACGAUGUAUACAACCUGUGUUAUAUGGCUGGCCUUCAUUCCAUUAUACUUUGGAACCGGAAACAACGUUCAACUUCGCAUAGCGUCGAUGGCUGUAACGAUAAGCCUAUCUGCGACUGUUACUCUCGUUUGCUUGUUUUCUCCUAAGUUGUACAUAAUUCUUAUUCGACCGGAGCGCAACAUAAGGCAGAGCAUGAUGCCAAUACGAUACAGCACCAUCAACAAAACAACCGGAUCGGCACAGUCGUCGGUGAUGGCAGCAGUGAUAGUUACCGCAGCUACUUGCAAUGAAAACGAAAAAGUGAUAAAAAAUGUUUCAAACGAAAAUAUUACAGGCGCGUAUUAGGAAACUACAAUAAGAAUUGUAAUUGCACUAUUCUAAGAACAAAACAGGGCCGUAAAAUUCGAUACAAGUACAGCGAGGAAAAUCGACAAAAGAAUUAUUUUAACACUUGUAUGCAUGGCCUGAGAAUAAAAUUGACUAUCAAAUG